CCAGAUCCUGGAGGUGAAYGGCCGCAGCUUCCUGAGCAUCCCCCACGACGAGGCGGUGAAGCUGCUCAAGUCCUCSCGCCACCUCAUCAUGACRGUGAAGGACAUCGGGCGCCUGCCCCACGCCCGCACCACCGUGGACGAGACCCGCUGGAUCACCAGCUCCCAGCUGGGAGAAACGCUGCUCAGCUCGGCAGGGGCACUGGGUGACCACGCCAUGGAUGUGGCAGCCAGGCCCUUGUUCUACCGGGGGCUGGCCGGCUCGCAGGUGACCCUGAGCACCAUGGUGAACCAGACCCGAGUGAUGCUGGAGGAGCAGGCACGGCACCUGCUCAACGAACAGGAGCGRGCCACCAUGGGCUACUACCUGGACGAGUACAAGGAGGGCCACAUCUCCGUGGAUGCUCUGGUCAUGGCGCUCUUCGAGCUGCUCAACACACAGGCCAAGUUCUCGCUGCUCUCCGAGGUGCGGGGGGUGAUCUCCCCGCAGGACCUGGACCGCUUCGACAACCUGGUGCUCAAGAGGGAGAUCGAGUCCAUGAAGGCGCGGCAGCCAGCGGGGCCGGGCACCGACUGCUGCUCCAUGAUGUCCUACAGUGACACCAUCUCAUCCUCCAGCAGCCACUUCACUGCCACCACCGUCAGCUCAGCCCGGGAGCGGCUCCUGUGGCUCAUAGACCUGAUGGAGAACACGUCAGAGCUGGAGGGAGCUGGGGACUGCCACCAGAGCAGCAUCAACACCCUGCCAGACGUGUCCCUGGAUGACCUCUCCUCCUUCCCGGACGAACCGCCCAACUUUAAACCUCCUCCUCCUCCUCCUCCUCCAUCGGUCCCCCAGAGCUUGGACCCCUCCUCUGCCCAGCCCCGAGUCCCAGCGAAGGACAAGCCCAAGCGCCCCUCCUCCGAGUCCUCCCAGUCCGGCCUUUUCUUCGUGGCCCCCCGGAACCCCUCUCCCCCUCCCCACGGCCCCGACAAGGACACGGUCAGUGUCACCUCCACGGCCUCCACCUCCACCGAGGAUUCUGCCCCCAGCGCCAUCUACGCCACCAUCGCUCCGGCSGCGCACGGCUCCCGCCGCCCGGGGGAUGCGCAGCUCUCGGUGGUCAGCCAGCACCCCAUCGGGCCCUUCCCCAGGGUGCAGUCCCCCAGCAGGUUGAAGAGCCCAUCCCCCGAGGGGCUGCAGAGCCCCCCGUCCCCAUCCCCUCCUCCGCCACCCCCGCACCCCGCGCCCCCUCCCCCGGACAAGGGCAGCCCCCAGGCCGUGGCCAACCAGCAUUUCAUCAUGGUGGAGGUGCACCAGCCCAACAGCGAGCCCGAUGUCAACGAAGUGAGGCCCCUGCCCCAGGCCAGAGCCUCCACGCUCUCCCAGCUGUCGGACAGCGGGCAGACCCUCAGCGAGGACAGCGGGGUGGACAUCGGGGAGGUCGAGACGAGCGGCAAGGACAAGAGCCGGCAGCCGGGCCCCGGGAAAAGCCGGAGCCCCAAGGAGGCCACGAGGAGCGAGGGGGCGGCGGAAGGGGCCUCCAAGCCGCCAGGGCUCCUGGAGCCCACGUCGUGUCUGAUCCGGGUGUCCAAGAGCGCUCCCACCCUGGGCAUCGCCAUCGAGGGCGGCGCCAACACGCGGCAGCCGCUGCCCCGCAUCGUCACCAUCCAGCGAGGGGGUUCAGCGCACAACUGCGGGAAGCUGAAGGUGGGGCACGUCAUCCUGGAGGUGAACGGCACGGGACUGCGGGGCAAAGAGCACCGGGAAGCCGCCCGCAUCAUCGCCGAGGCCUUUAAGCUGAAGGACAAGGACUACAUCGAUUUCUUGGUCACAGAGUUCAACGUGGCCCUUUAGGGACGGGGCUUUCCAUCAGCGUCGUUUGGGCGGAGCGCUCGCAUGGGGACGCGGGAUGGCACCGAGGUGUCACCCCGCACGCGCAAACACCCCCGGCUUGUCCCCAAAUGUCCCUCGCUGCCCGGGCAGGGCGGGCUGAGAACGGGCAGAAAUCAGUGCACAUCCCUUAAAGUCUCCAUCCCUGUCCUCUCUGGGGUAGGGAACAGCCUCUCCCCCUCGGCCAGGCUGGGAGCGGGGCGGGAGGACGGCAGAGUCUGGGUGUCCCCGCUGUCAUUUGAGUGCCACACAUGGAGCAAGGUGGGCCCGUGGCUCAGGCUGGAGGGAUUUUUGGGGGGUCGCUGCUCCCUCAGGGGUCGCUGCUCCCUCGGGUGCUCGUCCCCAGGUGGGUGGCACCGGCCACGGGUGGGGAUGCAGAGAGAGCAACCGGAGGCCUUGUAAAUCGCUGGCAAUGUCGUAUUUAUAUAUACAGAGCUUGUGCUUUUAAUUUUUCAAUAAAUCUAUCAGGGUA